AGAUACGUCAAAAUCACAAUUACAAAUAAUAUUUUACAAUUUUUUCCAUAAAUUUCCACAAUUUUUACACUGAUAAAGAGUUGUUAAAAAAUUCGAAUCCCAAGGUUGUUCGAAUCAGUCCUGCGCAGAAACGAUGUAUCAUCACAACGAUAAAUGUGUUGCGUCGAACGAAAUUAAACCUGUCCGUAACUUGUUGUAACUUAUACGUUCUAGAACUCAGGCGGCAUCGUCGAAAAUAAGCAGUAAAGAGCCCGAUGGAAGCCCCGGCUCGCCCGGCAGCGCCGGAACGCGUCGCCGACCAACCCCGUGAUGUAGUUGCCGAAGUGAAUCAAAUAAUUCGUAACUGGGAAGAUGAACAUCAAAACAACAUUGAGUACAAUCCAAUACCAAUGCUUUCAAGCAUGGCAGAAAUCAUUGAAGCUGAAACCGAGAAUUUUCUCAAAAUGGAUCCAGACCCUUUCGACGAGCGGCAUCCGUCGAGAACAGACCCCGAAUGUAAACUAGGCAGUUUAUUAAAACUCCUCUUCAAAAAAGAGAGUUUUAUGCUCAGAUUAACGAAUGAUUAUUUACGUGAUAAUUAUUAUUCGCGUCUGGGCAUCACUGGCAGAGAUAUAAAUGAAUUGAAUGCCAUGGCAUGUAGAUUACUAUUAGAUAUUUUGCCUGGUUUGGAAGUUUCAGCAGUGUUUCAGCCGGACAUGGAUUCGUUAAUAAUGCGGUUAAUAAAAUGGACGACGAGCGCGGUUGAACCGCUGCAAACGUAUGCAACCGGAUUACUCGCUGCUGCAAUGGAGGUUGCAGAGAUCGCAAUGAAAUAUCGCGAACAUAAUGCACGGCUUGUUCCUUUACUAUUACAACGUCUACGGAGUUUGCGCGCUGUGUCGGAUUUCAACUAUUCGACAACAACUCGACCGUUUGCGCAUUUUGCGCGUUCGCCGCUUAAAGAACGCCAUAUUAAAGAAGGGAAAGAAGUUAAAGAAAAUGGCGCCGUACAAAUUACAAACUCAUCACCAAAUAAAAGAAAACAGGAAGAUAGUCCACCGGAUUCACCAAGCGCAAACAUCCAAGUAAAUGGAACGACGAAAAGGCAAAAGUUGCGUGAUAGUGAGAUUAUGAGUCCUCCCAGGACAACAAUAAAAACUCCAAUUUUUAACGAAUCAAGCAAUUCCUCCUGGGCGGAAAUGGAAAGUUUUAUGAUUGGUUGCAUACAGAUUCAUCCAAUCACACCUGUGACAAGUCAAGUCCUUAUUUUAAGAUAUUUAGUACCCGUGGGUGAAUAUCAGGAGUUUCUCAGUCAUGUAUUCGAGCAUGAUGCGUUGGAACUAAUACUUUCAUAUGUAAAUGUACGCGAAACGAAACAAGCUCGUUUGGCGUUCGAAGCACUGCGAUAUCUUUCAUCACUUCUCUGUCAUAUGAAAUUUUGCCUUGAAUUUAUACAAUCAAAUGGAUUCCAAUGUUUAUUAGACGUGCCAAGACCUUCGAUAGCCGCAACUGGUGUUUCUAUAUGCAUUUAUUACCUGGGUUACUGCGAGGAGGCGAUGGAGCGCGUUUGUUUGUUACCGAAGUCUACGAUUAGUAAUUUAGUUAAAUAUGCGCUGUGGUUGCUGGAAUGUUCGCACGAUUCUGGCCGAUGUCACGCGACGAUGUUCUUCGGUCUGACGUUUCAAUUCAAAGUGAUUUUAGACGAGUUUGACGCUCAGGAUGGACUUCGAAAACUUCAUAAUUUGAUCGCUACGCUUCCAAUCUUAUCAAAUGAUGCGUUACCGUUGAAUGAAGACGCCGAAUGUGCUGCACGUCAAAUUGUGCGCCAUGUUUGUGUGGCAUACAAGCGAUAUUUGGAAGCGCAUCUCAUCGCUAAAAUCGAACAAUUGAAACGAUCACAAUUGCGUCCGCCGGAUCGAACCGAAGCAAAUACGAUACCGCAAAUUAGCUACAAACCGUGUAAGUCAUCGCCGGAGGAAGUCCAGCAACAAAUCGAAACGUUGCUACAGUUUAUGCCUUUCCGUACUCACUGGUUGCCUGUGGAGAACUUUUUAAAGUUGGGCGCAAUUACUCUUUUGCUGAGGAUUAUUGCGUUAGCGUAUGAGUGGAAUUACAGCGGACGUGCGGAGACGGUGCGCUGCGCGCUGGACGUGAUGGCGAUCGCGUGUGUCAUGCCCAAAGUUAUGAUACUUCUCUGUGAGACUGUUGAUCUGCCAGACGAGUUGCCUACGCUUGGAGUGAGUAUUAUACUCGGGGCAGCUGCUGGUGAAAUUGUACGUGAUGCAGAUGUACAAAAAUCAGCGAUUAGGGUGUUAAUUAAUUGUGUUUGUGGACCCAUUAAUCGGGUUGGUGGUAGCAUGGCGAGAUUCUCCUCAGGACCGGUGAAUUCACCGAAUAAAAAAGUGAAAACAAAAAACUCGGAGGAGUUGAUACAGCGAAUGUGGGAUUGCGUGCGGGCAAACAGCGGUAUCAUGGUGUUAUUACAAUUGAUGAAUGUGAAAACGCCGAUUAUCGACGCGGAUUGUAUUCGGACAUUGGCGUGUCAAGCGUUGGUAGGGUUGACGCGAUGCGCAACCGUAAGACAGAUUGUUUCAAAGUUGCCUAUAUUUCAAAAUGGCGAAUUACAAAACUUAAUGCGUGAUCCAAUCCUUCAAGAAAAACGCCAAGAACACGUCACUUUUCAAAAGUACGCGUUAGAACUCUUAGGAAGCUUAUCCGGCCGCACAGCCACUUCGGAUCCGGAUGUCUCUCUUGUGAAUAUUCAUCGUGCGAGCGUUGUCGCACAGACCAACAUAUCCUUCAAUGACAAACAACUACUUCAGCUCAUCCAUCAACACUUAGUUUCUAAAGGUUACACAGAUUCGGCGUCACUUCUGCAGAAAGAAGCCAAUAUCGGACAUGUGAUAAACUCCAAUAUGGCGGUGACGCAUCCUUCGAAGUUUCGUUACAGCGUAUCAUCACCAGUAGCAAAUCGUGUGCGUUUAUCAUCUGUACACUCACCGGUUUCGACGGUACGUAGUAAUUUAAACGCGUCGUUUGCGGAGAUGAGUCCAGCACCGGCCGCAAACUGCACGCCGAUUAAAUUGGUUAGAAAAUCAAGCACACCACAAGUGGCAGCUACGCCAACCGCGCAGAAUCCUAGACUACAAAAGCAAAUUACCAACGAUCCGCAUGCGAAACUCGCGGUGACUAUCGUGGAUGAAUUCACACCAAUCGAACCGCCGAAAGUGACGCUCGACUCGAUUAUCACCGAGUACUUGACCAAUCAGCAUGCGCUGUGUAAGAAUCCAAUGGCGACGUGUCCACAGUUUAAUUUAUUCGCUCCGCAUAAAUGUCCCGAUCCGCGACCCAAAGUAGCAACUACUACGAAUGUAGUUAUGCGAUGCGCACGGCGCCAGUUGGGAUAUCAAGCGAGAAAUUUAGAUCGACGCUUGAUAAACUCCCGAUUCUGCCCGGUGCAGUCAAUUAGAUAUCCGAAUUCAGAGAAUGGAUUCUUCACAUGCGUGCGAUUCAUGCCUGGUGAUCAACAUGUCGUUGUGGGUGAUUACUGCGGCGAUUUGCGCAUUUACAACGUGUUGACAGGAAAUGAAGACUCGUGUUUCUCCGCGCAUGAGACUUACAUCUUUAAUAUUGAACCAAAUCGUACUGGAGAAUUACUAUUGACUAGUUCCGCUUGGAGGGAGCCACUGUCGGCGAUGUGGAGCGUUAAGGACUAUGAAAUGAAGCACACGUUUGAUAUACAGGAUUAUGUUGAGUUUAGUAAAGUAUCACAGGAUAAGAUUAUUGGCACGAAGGGAGAAGUAGCGACGAUAUUCGAUGUGCAGACUGGGUUGGAGGUGCAUAGGUUUAUUCCAUUGUCGCAUAAUCAAUACACGAAGAACAAAGCGACGUUUAGUCAUAACGAUGAAUUGGUGCUGACGGACGGUGCGCUGUUUGAUGUCAAUUCGGGGACGCAGAUUCGACAGUUGGAUAAGUUAAACUCCGCACAGAGCGGUGUUUUUCAUCCGAAUGGUAGAGAGAUUAUAGCUAAUAUGGAGAUUUGGGACAUGCGUACUUUCCACCUGUUGAAAACCGUGCAAUCUUUGAAUCAAUGUAAUGUUAAGUUUGCUGAGAUUAACAAUGCGCUGUUUGCCUACUCGAUGGAGCAAGAAAUCGAUGAGGAUAGCACGUUUGACUCUAGCUUCAAGACGAUCGACGCCAUUGAUUACUCGAGCAUUGCGACAAUCGAUGUCAAGCGUCAGAUUUAUGACCUUGGCAUCAACCAUUUCGAUAGCCAAAUUGGAAUCGUCGAGAAUCAAGGCACUUACUAUAAUGUGCAGGAGUCUGUUGUGCGUUUAUACGAUGUGGGUAGACGACGCGAUAACGAUGACGAAGUAGAAGAGGACGAUGAAGAUCUCGUUGACGAAGAUGAUGAUGACGAUGAUGAUAGCAUCAGCGACGAGUCAGAUACCGCCGACCAUUUACUUUCAGCUCUGGAUAUUCUCGGCUCGCUGCGAAGAUUUCACGGUGAGCAGGACGAGGAUGAGGAGGACGAUGACGAAGGGUCAGAUGCGUUAGACGAUUUGAUUCUGGAAGAUGGCGGCAACAGCGACAUCUUCAAUUCGAAUUCGGACGACUCGUUGUCGUUAAUAUUGGGCUCAAAUGAUGACUCCUACACGGAUUAUUCCGACGACACGCUGAGGAUGACCUCGGAGGAUGAGAACGCCGCCAGUGAACCGGAGUAAUGAAACGCCCUUAGCUUAUUUUCAAGAAAAAAAAUGAAAUGAAAGAAAAGUGAUAUUUACUUGUACCUACAUAAUGUGUACUUUGUAUCUGUACUUUGAUGGAGAUAAAAUUUACAGUGUUCUUUAGUCAGUUUUGUAUAGAGCAUUGAAGUGAUUUGAUUAUUUCACAAUCAAUAAUUGAAUAUUACAUGAUUCGACAGAUACAUUAAAUAAGUUUAUAAAAAUGUACAA